GGGAGAAGCAGGGGAGGCAGAGAUUGAGAGAGAGAGUCUUGCACGGUUCUGCUGGUGCGAAGAGCGCAGGAAAUUGCAAAGCGGAGGAAGCAGCAGCCUGCUGCUAUCUUCUUCUUCUUCGCUCGUUGCCCUUCUUCGCAUUAGUUCCUGAACCUUCUUCAUCUCCCCAGAGGCUCACUAGUGAAAGCCGAGCAAUGGCGCGAGCUCUCUCAAACGCUAGACUCUUCUCUGCAGUUUCCGAUCUCUCCGCCAUGCUCCUCGGCCGGAGGAAUUUCUCGGCUCCAUCGUCGAAUCCAGUAGCUAAAGUCUUCAGAGAAGGCAGCAGGAAGAUAACGAAGAGGGUGGAGAGAAAGACGGAGGCCGUUUCCGGCGAGAAAUCGUCGUGGAUGCCGGAUCCGGUGACCGGGAACUUCAUUCCGGAGGACCAAUUUGGGCAGACGGACGUUGCCAAGCUGAGGCAGAUGCUUUUGAACCAGAGAUCCGGCGGCGCAGGAAUGGCAUGAAGCAUUGGAGAAGAGGAAAGGCAGAGUCGGCUCGUUUGUCUUAUAAUUUCUUGGGAUACUGCCUCUGAUCACAUCAUACCUUCUUUAGAUUAAAUAUCAAAUCAUACUUUAGAUUAAUAUAAUGGAGUUGUAGUGC